AUGGACCCUUAUCUGGGCAUCUUCUUCCUCACUCCCUUCUUCCAAUCCUGCUGUGCCUGGUCAGUGAAUAAUUUCCUGAUGACGGGCCCCAAGGCCUACCUCAUCUACUCCAGCAGUGUGGCGGCCGGGGCGCAGAGCGGCAUCGAGGAGUGCAAGUUCCAGUUCGCCUGGGACCGCUGGAACUGCCCCGAGAGGGCACUGCAGCUCUCCAGCCACGGCGGGCUGCGCAGCGCAAACCGGGAGACCGCUUUUGUCCACGCCAUCAGCUCCGCAGGCGUCAUGUACACGCUGACCCGGAACUGCAGCCUGGGGGACUUUGACAACUGUGGCUGUGACGACUCCCGCAAUGGACAGCUGGGGGGCCAAGGCUGGCUGUGGGGAGGCUGCAGCGAUAACGUGGGCUUUGGGGAAGCCAUUUCCAAGCAGUUUGUGGAUGCCCUGGAGACUGGACAAGAUGCCAGAGCUGCUAUGAACCUGCAUAACAAUGAGGCGGGUAGAAAGGCUGUGAAAGGGACCAUGAAGCGGACUUGCAAGUGCCAUGGUGUGUCGGGGAGCUGCACCACCCAGACCUGCUGGCUGCAGCUGCCUGAGUUUCGGGAGGUGGGCACUUACCUCAAGGAAAGGUACCACAAAGCCCUAAAGGUGGACUUGCUGCAAGGUGCAGGAAACAGCGCUGCCAGCCGGGGUGCCAUCGCCGAGACCUUCAGCUCCAUCUCCAAGAAGGAGCUGGUCCAUUUGGAAGACUCUCCUGACUACUGCCUGGAGAACAAGACGCUGGGGCUGCUGGGCACGGAGGGCAGGGAGUGCCUGAAGCGGGGCAAGGCGCUCAGCAAGUGGGAGAAGCGGAGCUGCCGGCGGCUGUGUGGGGACUGCGGGCUGGCGGUGGAGGAGAGGCGAGCUGAGAUGGUGUCGAGCUGCAACUGCAAGUUCCACUGGUGCUGCGCCGUGCGGUGCGAGCAGUGCCGCAAGCGCGUCACCAAAUACUUCUGUGUCCGCAAGGAGAAGCGGGAGCGCAGCGGCGGUGGUGGGGCCGGGCGCAAGCUCAAGAGAAAGCUCUAACUUGUUUCUGCCCCUCCAUGGUCCCAUCUGCCCCUCUUCUCUCCUGCCCUCCCCAUCAGCCCCCAGCACCAUUUCCUUUGGCUUAGUUCUGUCUCAUCCCCAGUGCUGCCACACAAGGGGCUGGGUAAAGAGCUUAUAUGAGACCCCAGGCCUUAGCCAUACAUGGCGUUUCCCAUUAGUGUAGUGGGUGGAUGACUUCUGGUAAGACCCUUAAGCGUUGGCAAAGCAAGGUGAGAUUUGGUUUGUUCAACUCAGAGUCACUCUAUCCAGUGACUAUGGUUUUCUUGUUGGAAA